AUGCCUGAAAAUCAAGUCUCUAGCUCCAGUGCCUUACCGGGUGGUUCCAAGGCCUCGGCGGUCUCCUCGUCGAAAUGGGACCCCGUCGCGAAUAAGAUCAUGCCUGCAAGUCGAGUCUCUAGCUCCAGUACCUUGGUUGAUGUUGCUUCCAAGGCCUCGGGAGCCUCGUCGAAAAUGCCUGCAAGUCUAAUCCCUAGCUCGAGUACCAUGUCGGUCGAUGUUGUGUCCAGAGCCUGGUGGUCGGAAUGGGACCCCGGCAAUCGAUGGGGCACUCGGAACAAGUACAAGCUUGCGGCCCAACCACAAGAAGGGUAUUGCUUCCCAGAGUAUUUGGGGCAUGAUGCUGAUUAUGGUCCAUACCGACUAGGUGCUGUCUUCUCCAACCCUGACAACCUGGACACAAUCCUGUUUGUCCCAAAGGCCGUGCCGGACGGGUGCCAUGUUUCUGUUUCUGGUCCGGACGUGUUAUCAGAAAGCGAUGAAAAAUUCCCACCGCCUCCAUCCCCCGGCCCCGUUGCUACUCGAGAGUUCCGUUUCCAGCGGCUCGAAAACCGCCUGGUCAGUCUGACACCGGGCGACUUGAAGCGCAUAGCUGAACACCCACCUGUCAAAAAGAUACUCGACCGGCUCCUCGGCAGCCGCAGCGUUUACGUCAUUACGGGCUUGAAGAUUGUCGACGGCUUGGAGGUAUCGGAUGGUGAAUUUUACCGGAAAUUUGAAGGUCGCGUCAUCUUCAGCUACCAGAUGCACAAGGUCCACGGAACUUUUAAACUCAGAAAAGUGAUUGUGGAGAAGCCUUAG